UUUCUUAUAAUAUAAAAAUAAAAAUAUCCAACCCCAUAUCUCCAUUUUCUUUUCUUGAUCUUAAUUAGGUUUAAUGGAUUCAUUAAUUAUAAUUAAUGAUGAUGAAGAACCUCAAGUAGAAGAAGAAGAUCAAUUAAUUAAUUAUACUUGUUCAUCAUCUAUGGUUGAGACAAGUACAAGCCUUGUUUCAAAGAGUACAACUAAUUAUUUUGUUAUGGGCAAACAUCGUAUGGCUGCUGCUAUUUCUUCUCUUGAUCAACAAAUCCAAUUCAUUCAGGAAGAAUUGGAAAAACUUGAAUCAUAUGGAGAGGCCUCCAUAGUAUGCAGAGAAUUUAUUUCAGUGGUGGAAUCCAAACCAGAUGCUCUGCUUCCAGUGACCAAAGGCCCAAUAGAUGUUAAAUGGGAUAGAUGGUUUCAAAGAGCCAAUGGGUCAAAACGUAACAAACGGUGGAUCUGAAUUUCUAUAUAUAAAUGAAAGAGAUAUUGCUUUUGUUGAUUCGAAUUAAAUAACGGUGUUAUAAAAUCGAUUUAUAUUUUCAUAAAAAUAUAAGUAUUCAUGUAAGUAGAAAAUGAAAAAUAUACAAUCAACAAUUAUGAGUCGUGUUUAUCAGCA